CCGUGCGAUGGUCUCCAAUUCAUUCAGUCAGACGUCUGUGUCUCUUGGCCUGGCGUCUCCACGAGUACAUCCAUCCAUGGCCAUGAAUACUUGCAGAGACUCGAGCUACGGGUGAUGAAACAACCAAAGGAAAUCGGCUUCUACGUCUUCGAGUCUGUCUGUGUGUGACCGCUUCUUCCUUCCAGAUGUGGACCUUCCAGAUGUGGAGGUGUGCACUGUCAGAAGUAAACCUUCUCAUUGAAGGCCCUGAACAUUAUAUAACACAAUACAAGACAGUGGGUGACAAAGAAAGGGAGGUCCGAAUGGGCAGUCAGUAGGGUAACACCAAUGCGACAUGGAUGAAUCGACGUGUACUCACUUCAAGUAGAGAUUGUAGGGGCUUUGCUUCUCGGCUGCAAGCAUGCACAAACCAUCGAAUCAAGAACCAGCCCCCUCCCCCCACUCACUCACUCACCCUUCGCCAGCGCCUUUCUGAUCUCGACUUCGUUGGCGAAGCCGAGCUUCUCCUUGAGGAUGAAGUGGGUGGCGGCGCGGAGGAAGAACGAGUGGCUGGCGAACAGAGUGCCGUCCUGGAGCAUCGGGGCCUCCCCCCCGCUGCCCUUGGGGAUCGAUUUGUGGAUGGGCCACCAGGCAACUGUGUUCAUCAACACCCAUAGAUGCGAACGAGACACAGGCCGUGUGCGCGUGUCUGUGUGUGUGCAUGUGUUGCCGACCGACCUUCGGAAGAGUCGGACCCUCCGGGCAGGUCGGUGAGCUCUUUAGCGAGGUUGUCAGGGAGGUUGUCAGGGACCAUCCAUCCCAAAACGAACGACUCCAUCCAGGCGUUGUCGGUGUUGCGGGGGUCGUCAACUGAACGAACGCACGAGUAAAUCAAAUGGUGAGCCAUCGAUCCACUAAGGGAAUCAGUACAUUCAUACCAACGUUGGUAUCCUUUCCUGUAAUACGUACGUACCGUAUCCUGCGUACACCGGUGUAGCCGACGACUGCAGUGUCUCGACACCGCCGUGCUCCUCGUUUCCCGAGAUGUGCACCUCGCAGUCGGCUUCCUUGCACUUGUCCUCGCCGUUCUUGCAGGCGAACUUGAUGUCGCCUUCGGCGACCUCCAGGCCCAGUGUUUUCAUCAUGGCCUGGAAGCUCGGCUUCUCUUGGAUGGUGCUCCAGUUGUCGCAGAUGGACUCGCCCUCCUUGCCCGUCAAUGUUUCCUCGAUCAGCUCCCUGAUCGACCGGCAAAGAGACAGUCUCGAGACAUUGCGUGUGUGUAGCGUGUGUAUGUGUAUGUGUAUGUGUAUGUGUAUGCUUGACCGUGCGGCAGUGAUCACUGGCGUGUGAUACUCCUGUCCACGUCAGCCAACACACACGCAUGUCCACACUGGACACGAGUGUGUCUCCGUCUCUCGUCUGUCCACACGCGGCGCACCUUAUCGUCGACCAUUCCGCCAGGGAAAGCCCAGUCGCCGCUGUCCUUGCGCUUGAUGAGCAAAAUCUCAAGCUCCUCAGUCGUGGGAUUCUUGCGAAACAAGGUGACAGGCCAAGUAAAGGAAGAGUCAAGGAAGAUCUCAGGUGCGGUACCUUGCGGCCCAACUGCAUCGACACCAUUGCAUCCAAGAGUGAGCGCUCAUUCCCGUCCGUCCGUUUCUCUCCGCUUACUGACCAAGGAGUCUGCGGCGAAGUUGGGGCCCCACUUGCCGAGGCCACCUCUGCUGAUGACGCCGGUGCAGUGUCUCGGGUUCACCGGAAAGCCCACAGGGAAGCCCUCCCACACACUGUGGCUUGUGCCGCGUGUGAUCUUGUCCUUCAGCAGCCAAGUGGGCAGCGGGGAGGGGAACGCGAGACCCUGCUCAAGCCGGUCAAUGGUGGGGAUGGUGAAAGCAGUCAGCUCGCCCAUCACCGCCUCGCCCGACACGGCCACGGUUUGUUCCGAGGUGUCGUAGAGAUCCGUGCAGGGCGAAGUGUUGGCCUUGUCCUCGAUGGGAGAAAAGGUCCGGCGGGUGUGGCCGAGUUGAUCGUCGCGCUUGCUGCCGCGGAUGAUGGCCAUGGUUUUUCCGUCCAGCAGAUGCCUAGACUGUCUUUUGCUCUCCAGGACCUCCAGAGCUUCGUCACACCAUCUACGUGCACACAAAGACAACCAGAUGCACCGAGACAUACACACCAUGUGAUCCGAUCCCGGCCUCUCCACACUCUCACUCACGGGGGGGCCUUGCCCGACAGCCACUUGUUGACUAUAUAUCACCACAAAGACGAGACAUAUAUGUGCAUGAGACAUGUGAAGGGCCGGACGAUCUAUGUAUCGUCUGCAUGUGCGCUGUGCGUUUUGCGAUCACCGUGGCAUUGAUCAAAGUAGACAGGUUUGGUGGCGUUAGGGGCGUCCUCCACCAGGCCCCCUCCAGCAUUCUUGGUCUUGUUGACCAGCUUCAUGAAGCCCUCCUCCCGGCGGUUGGACGGCUCCCUCUCGCCUGACGCCACCUCGUAGAAUCCUUUGUAGACGAGCCCCGCCUGCUGCUUCGCAAACGGCCCAGCACGCGCGAUUGUCACAUUGAGAUUGGCGUGGCGGCCAACAUGCCGACCGACUAAGGAGGCCGGGAGGAUGGCAUUGCAUUGCAGGCCGGAAGCAGCAAAAGCAAACAGGAUCAGAGACGCCGUUGGUACCAUGACAGCUGCCUGAGGAGAGACUGCGAGACGAAGCACCC